UGUCAGUCCAACAGUGGCCGACUUCAGAGAUACUUACGGACGGAUUCACCUUCUGACACCGCAACCACGCCAUAUGGAGUGUCGGACCGUUUUUGCCAGUGUUGAGUGUGUCUGACAAGAUUUGUGACUAAUCGCGGAUUACAGAAAAAACCGGCCGUUUAAAGUAUUUUCUGUAGUGUUUUUGAUUUUUUUUUUGUAGUGGUGGUUUUUUUAUCGUCUGAUUUUAUAUUUUUUUGGAAAAAUAAUUUACCGAUAUCAAGAUGAUGUCAUUAUACAGAACUAUCAAGGGAGGAACGAACAAGCGGACCCGGGAUAGAAGAUUCCAGGGGAGCUAUCCUUCCCUCAAUACUAUCAACUGCGGUCCGACACUUCAGGGCGACAUGGUAUCCAGGCGGAGGAUCCUAUCACGCUCGAGGGACGACCUGAACCUCGAGCUGUCACCCGGCUACCCUCAACCCGAAGAAGAGGAGGAUGUAUGGUACAACAAGGAUAAACUGUACAAGGAUCACAUUCAAGAGGUUUUGGACAAAUGGACCCAGAUCGACGACGAGAUUUGGGCGAAGGUGAUUGUCUUGGAGAGGAACAGGAGAGUGGCAAAGGCGUACGCACGUGCGCCUGUACUCACUGUAAACGGUUCCGACGACGGAUUCGACGGUUUCCGAAUUGGAUUAUGCGGCUUUGAUAAUCCGAUGCGAGACCCGAAGACAGAAGAGCUGAAGAAGCACAUAGGACACGGCGUGAAAGUCAAAAUGGACGACCAAGGCAACAUCUUAGUCAAACGUGUGUCCAAGUGCAACGUCUACGUGAAGAGCACGAGCAGCGGCGAAGAGACGAGCAUCGGAGCCGACGUGCUCAAGCUGCCCAACUGCGCACUCGAGACAGACAAGCCAGUCAAGCUCUUCGAUAUGAAGAAAUUCCAAGCCAACGUAUCAAGAGAGUUGAGGCGCGCGUAUCCGGACCGAAGGCGUCUGGAAUGCCAGUGCCUGAGCGCUUUGGCGUUCGUCAAAUCCGACCCGGACCUCCUGGAAUGCCCGAUCUGGGUGCUUAUCAUCAACGUCGUCGCCAUGGACAUGCUCAAAUCUAAGCUGCCUCCAGUGAAGAGGAGCACGGUCGAUAUCAGGAAUCGCCCACGUAUCCCAGUCCCCGACGAGGAUCCUUAUUCGGUCGCUAGCAACGGCGGUGCCAGCUCCGGCAGCUCCGGGGGUAGCGUUCAUCAAGGACAGAGGAGGAGCGACAAGCCACCCAAGCUGCCACCAAGGGACAACAACCCUUACCCGCAUCAUAUCCCCAAGCCUGACUAUGACGAUAUCGAAGAAGACGAAAAUAGCUUAGUUACAAAGGCGAACUUCCCAUCAUCCAGAGGAAAGGACAAGACGAAAGAUUCCAACAAACACGACGAUCCUUAUUAUUGCGGUCUUAGAGCCAGAGUGCCCAAUUUCGUCAAGAGCAAGAACGGCAAAGACAACGGAAAGAUGGUGCCGCCCCCAGGAGGACGUUACGUCCUUCCGCCAGGUCCUCCGGGCGCCCACCUCGGCCUUCACCACAUCCACCAUCACCAACCUCAUCCCGUCAUGUGGCACGCUCGCAGCUACGACAGCGGAAUGGAUUCUGAGUUUAUUGAUUCACCUUACAACCAUAUCUAUGGCAGGUUACCAAUUCCUACACGCGGCUAUAUUCCACCCACACCUAGGACAAUGUUCGUCAGCGAAUGGGACUGAUUUGAGAGUCAAACCUUUGGGUGUUUUCCUGUAAAUAGUCUUGAAUUUAAGAUUUAAGCUGUCCAAUUAAUUUUGAUGGUAUUUUUUUAGAAACAUCUCUAAAUAAUUUUUACCUUGGCAAAAUAAGAAAAUUGGACGAAUUUUAAUUAAUUAAGAUUUACUUUGUUGGAACAUACAUAGAAAUAUUUAUUUAAAAAGACAAAACUAUAAAUGAAAAUACAACAUUGCAAUUUGUACAUUGUAUAUAUAUCAUGAUUAUACAUUAAUUUUAUAAAUAUAGUAUUUCCG